AUGGAGAGUGGCCUGGCUGGCGACAGCAGCACAGGAGAUGUGCUGGUCAUGAAGAUCAAGCAAGAGAAGCCAGAGUGGCUGCUGCAGACGCUGGGGCCACAGGCUGCGCUUUCCCAGAAGGAUAAGGAGAACAUUUUCCAGCAGCGUCGGGGCGUCCCGCCAUGCCAGACGGUGGGGAAGCCUCGAGCCUGGGGGGGACAGGAGGAGACUGGGGGUCCAAGGUGGGCCCCUCCUUUUGAGCAGGACGGCGGGCCGGCAGGCCGGGCUCCGGGGGUGACCCCCAGCCCCCUGCGCCCCGCUCUUUCUGCCGGCGAGGGUCACUUCGUGUGCCCGGACUGUGGGAAGAGGUUCAGCUGGUGGUCGACCUUGAAGAUCCACCAGCGCACCCACACCGGCGAGAAGCCGUACCCGUGCGGCAAGUGCGGCAAGAGCUUCAGCCAGAAGCCCAACCUGGCGCGCCACCAGCGGCACCACACAGGCGAGCGGCCCUUCUGCUGCCCCGAGUGCGCUCGGCGCUUUAGCCAGAAGCAGCACCUGCUCAAGCACCAGAAGACCCAUUCCCGGCCCGCCACCCACCCGUGCCCCGAGUGCGAGCGCUGCUUCCGCCACCAGGUGGGCCUCCGCAUCCACCAGCGCGCGCACGCCCGGGACCGCCAGGGCACCCGCGCUGGGCUGCAGACGCUGCUCCGGGACGCCACGGCCCACCGGGGCUGUCGCCCGCGCCAUGCUCUACGAGGCUGCAGGCCACCUGGCCCUGACUACCCUUCCAAUGCCAGCCCCUCCAAUGCCAUCUGCUGCCCCGCCCCCGCCGAGCCGCGCCAGUUCAUCUGCAACGAGUGCGGCAAGAGCUUCUCGUGGUGGUCGUCGCUGAACAUCCACCAGCGCAUCCACACGGGCGAGCGGCCCUACCCGUGCCCCGAGUGCGGGCGCCGCUUCAGCCAGAAGCCCAACCUGACGCGCCACCUGCGCAACCACACGGGCGAGCGGCCGCACCCCUGCGCGCACUGCGGCCGCAGCUUCCGCCAGAAGCAGCACCUGCUCAAGCACCAGCGCACGCACCUGCCUGGCGCCCCGGCCGCGCCACGCCCCAGCCGCGCCGCGCUGCGGGCCCACCAGCGGGCCCACCAGCAGGCCCACGCCGCCGCCGCCGCCGAGCCGCCCGCCCAGGGCGCCCCCGGCCUGUUGCCGCCGUCGCACGGCCCCUCGCCGGCCCGGGCGGCCGGGGACGUGCCGUGGGGCCGGGCGCGGGCGGGUGGGCCGGGUGAGCCGCGCCAGUUCAUCUGCAACGAGUGCGGCAAGAGCUUCUCUUGGUGGUCGGCGCUCACCAUCCACCAGCGCAUCCACACGGGUGAGCGGCCCUACCCGUGCCCCGAGUGCGGGCGCCGCUUCAGCCAGAAGCCCAACCUGACGCGCCACCGGCGCAACCACACGGGCGAGCGGCCCUACCUGUGUGCCUCCUGCGGCCGCGGCUUCAGCCAGAAGCAGCACCUGCUCAAGCACCAGCGCGUUCACCGGGGCGCCCUGGCGCCCACCCCCAGCGCCAAGGGGGGCCCGGAGGGAGUUGGGGCGACCCGGCCCUUGGGGCGUUCUGCCCCCGGACCGGCCCCCGCCUGGUUCCCUCUCCUGUCCCGGCGGGCGCUGGGCUCGCAGCCCUCCUUGUUCCGCCAGCCAGGUUGUUGGCGAGUUAGACCUCCCAGCCUCACGGGGAUGCUGUGCGGCUGCGGCGACGUCGGCGACUGCGGCGUUGCGGAGGAGACGGAGGGCUGGGGAGGCGGCGCCACGUCCCCUGCGGGGGACGGGGAGGAGGGCCUGGGGGACGAUCGAGGCCUGGUCAUCCACCACCCUGCGGACGAGCAGCCGCACCGCUGCCCACUGUGCGGCCAGACCUUCUCGCAGCAGCCCAGCCUGGUGCGGCACCAGAAGGCGCAUGCCGGAGUGGGCCGCGCGGCCGCCUUCGUGUGCCCCGAGUGCGGCAAGGCCUUCAGCGUCAAGCACAACCUCGAGGUGCAUCAGCGCACCCACACGGGCGAGCGGCCCUUCCCCUGCCCCGAGUGCGGGCGCUGCUUCAGCCUCAAGCAGAACCUGCUCACGCACCAGCGUAUCCACAGCGGCGAGAAGCCGCACCAGUGCGCGCAGUGCGGCCGCUGCUUCCGCGAGCCGCGCUUCCUGCUCAACCACCAGCGCACCCACGCGCGCAUGCCUGCGCCGCACCCGCGCCGCCCCGGCGUCUUCGGGGAGCGGAGGCCCUACUUCUGCGCCCGCUGUGGCAAGAGCUUUGCGCGCGAAGGCUCGCUCAAGACCCACCAGCGCAGCCACGGCCACGGGCCCGAGGGCCAGGCGGCCCAUUUAGGCCGCGUGCUCUGA